AUGUCUGGCCCUUACGAUAAUCAGUACAACCAGCAGUACGGCGGCUACGGCCAGCAGGGUCAGCAGGGUCAGUACCAGCAGGAUGGUUACUCCCACCAGCAGGGCUACGGUCAGCAGCAGGGCUACGGCCAACAGCCUCAGUACGACCAGUCCUACAACCAGCAGCCCCAGUACGGCGAGCAACGCGGGGCUUCCAAUGACUACUACGGCCAGCAGCCUCAGCAACAACAGCAAAACCAGUACAACCAGCAGCCCCAGUAUGGUCAGGACCAGUACGGACAGCAACAACAGCAGCCCCAGUAUGGCGAAAGUGGCCCCGGUGGAGCCCAGGAUGGCGAGCGUGGUAUCGGUGGUGCCGUUGCUGGUGGACUAGCAGGUGCCUUUGCCGGCCACAAGGUCAACCACGGAUUUCUCGGAACUAUUGGCGGAGCCAUCGUCGGCAGUCUUGCCGAGGAUGCAAUCAAGAACAGAAAGCACAAGGAUGAGGCUCAACAACAAGAUCCUUACUACGGCGGUUCUCAGUACUCUCAGGGUAACGCCAGCAAGAUGGACUCGCUCGGCAGCUUCUUCAAGAAAUAAGCGUGCACGCUCUCUCUGUCCGCGGCCUGCAUUUCCUUUCUAGCUUUUGUCCUCUGUUUAUCUACUUACUGGGUUUCAUCAUGAGGUUAUGAUUUGUGGAUUAAUACUGUUUUGUGUUCUUUGAGUAUUUCGAUUGGUCGUGCUGCUAGAAUGACUGGGCUUGACCUUUUUUCCCCCAUGAGAUCGUUUCUUGAAUAUACUUUUUGAAACUUUUUUCCAAUGUCGAUGCUAUAUCCCUAGUUAUCUUCAUAGAUUUGCGUGCCGUCCCCUUUCGAGUUCUACAAUAAAUGCAG